AUGGCCGCCGUCAAUGACCCUCAACCCCUCCCCAAAAGGGAUGAGCAAGUUGGCCUAAGCGGCUUUUAUCACGACCAAGGUGACGGUGGUAACCAAGGGGAUGUUGUGGCAGGAGCUCGAACCGUGAAAUGGUUCAAAUCAAAGGAACUGAGUGCUUCCCUUCUGGGGCUUCUCGACAGCCUUCAGCUUGUGACCUCUUCCGACGACAAUGGAUCUACUGUCGCCGGAGCAAACCGGUCAUGGUUCGAACUCUCGAUCUAUAGACGCGGCGACGAGGCUCUGAACAGGCUUCGCUGGAUGAGCCAUGAGAACAGGUUCAUGACGAAUGACCGCGAAUAUGUUCAUGCUGCCGCCGACCAUGAGGACUCAAGAAAUCGGUACCAUAAGGGUACACUGAUAUUCGGUAUCAACGUCGAGAACAAUGUGAAACCAGCUGAUGUUCCAAGUUUUCGUGCAUUGCUGGGAUUGGCUCGGGAGAAUCCGAAUGCGGCUUCAACCUUUGAAUAUUUGGGCAACAGUACGGCAGAUCAGGUGGAAGACAGAAUCAGGGGCAGCGGAAGAAAGCCUAUCGUGAGUCGGUUGAGAUGGGUAAGUGCUGAUAGGAUUGUGACACUCGCUAAUGCGUCUCAACGCGCAGAGAAGAAUGUUCUGCUUGUCUUUGAUGCAGAUGACCUACUUAGAUCGACGACUACAGACCGCCGCCUGUCCUGGGGCCAGACGGUCGAGAAUAUCUGGAGAGUGAUGGAAGGGACUUGCAGAAGGAUAGGGAAGCAAUCACCCAACAACUAUUUCCACCUUCUUAUCCAGAUUGGGUUUGAAGGCGCGAUCUACAAGGGCUUCCAUACCCAGGGUACCAAGGCCCAUCUCAUCUACGAGCCAACCAGCGCCGAAGGCAAGCUUAUUCGCUCGUACUCAGAUAAUGAUAUGAGGAAAUUUGGAUUCAUUGGAUUCAUUGGAGAUAAGUGGGAAAAGUUGAAGAAAGAGCUGAUGGUUGCCUGGGAGCGUGGACUUGUGUCCUCUCUGGAAGAAGAAUCCGCUGGGUCCAUUGCGGAUCUCGGCAUAACGCAAAUGAGAGACGCAAUGAUGACUGGAAUCAGAUGGUCUCGUCGCUGUGCCCCGAUUAUGUUUCCAAAAGGAAACACCCAGAAAUUCAUGCCCACUAACGACCGCAUGAAACUUGAAUCUGGCUCAGAACCGGUUUUGGUGUCUGUGGAGCUAGAUCUGAUCGUGCAAGACGAAAAUGCUCAAGAGCAGACUUUCAGAAAACCGUUAGUCCUUGACAGUUUGCCGUGCUCCACAAAAAAGGCUGCCCAUGAUACGUUGACACAUGGCUUUGAGUGUGUACUACCAUACAUGCCCGGUGCCCGGUUUGGCAACUUGGUCACGGCUGAUCGGGGGGAAGUCGAUGGCUUCCGAAAAAUUGCCAACACGGUUGAGGAAUGGUACCGGUACAAUAGGGAACCCAAACCUUUGUCCAUUGCCGUGUUCGGCCAGCCAGGGUCUGGAAAGUCAUUCGGUGUGAAGGAGGUCAUUAGGGACACACUGAAAGCCGAUAGGGAUAACAUUGUAUUUUUGGAAUACAAUCUCUCGCAGCUCCAGCACGAGAAUGAACUCCAACGUGCAUUCGAAGCCAUACGGACCACCCGCGGGAUGCCCAUUGUAUUUUUCGAUGAAUUUGACUCGACCUUCCAAGGAAGACAGUUGGGGUGGUUGCCGCAUUUCCUCAAAUCCAUUACGAGGGGUGUAUACAAGGACGGCGCGGUAGAACGGCCAUUAGGACGUGGCAUCUACAUCUUCAUCGGAGGCACCAAAUCGAGUCAUGAAGAAUUCUUCAGAGACAUAUCAGACAGCAGUGGCUUGGUGAGAAGGCCCGAGGAGACCCCCGAUUUCUGUAGAUCCGAAAAGCAUGUCACGGCAUUACUUGAUGAAUUGAAUCGAAACCCUGAUAGAACCUCGGGACCAACGCUGACCUCCAUCAACUUGGAUAUUUCCGAAGUGUAUCAAUACAGUGACUUGAAAGAUACAUUCUCCCAAGUACAGAGCGAGAUACUAUCAGGAAGACUUCCACUGGUCUUCUUUGAAAACUUCGAUAGCGAUUUCGGCGACGAGAAGCUGGGAUGGCUGAAAUACUUCCUCGCUCCAAUGCAAGACGGCGAAUACCUCGACAAUAGCGUACGAUGUCCCAUCGGGCGUGCCAUCUUUUUCUUCGAACAGGGGACAGACCACUUCAAUGGAUUUCCUGAAGUAAGCUUCAAUUCUGAAGAUUUUCAAGGUGCGAAAGUACUGGACUUCGUGAGCAGACUCCGAGGAUACGUCAAACACGAGAUAAACUACACUUAUCUUAACAAUGUUCUCAACUGGUAUCUGAAGAGCCAAACGAUAAACAAGCCACUUUCGAUUGGCGUGUUCCGGAACUGUCAGAGACCCCCAAGUCAGCGCCUCGGAAUCAAAAAAAUCUUCAAAGAUAACUUGGCAGGGCACGUAAACAUCCUCGGGCCGAGCAGCUUGGGGAGAGGGGACGAGACCUAUUUCGUCCUCCGUCGAGCGAUGCUGCUUCGAAGCAUGCUUCAGAGGAAUUUCGGGUUUGGCGAAGGAGAAUUCAUUGACAUGGAUCCUGGUGUCCUCAAUGCACUGUUGUUCACUCCCCGCGUCCUACAUGGUGCUCGUUCCCUGGAGUCAAUUCUGUCCAUGAGCAGGAUACCAAAAAGAGUGAAAAUCACGAAGGAAGAUCUCUGCACAGAGGAUCAGCGCAUGUUGCAUGUGAAGGAUGAGGCCUUCCAGCGGUUACUGAAUAGUACCGGGGUAGAUUCGGGUACACAGGCUACAAAGGAAGACAUGCGGCGCUAUGCUUGGAUUGAACGGAAGUCGGGUAGAGCUUACCAGUGUAGGACCGUGGUCCCUGCUACGCCUGCGGCUGGCUCAGGCACCGCCUGA